UUCCGAAGCUUUUCCACAGGCAAACAGUCGCUUGCCAUCCGCCAACGCGAUUAGACAUUUGAAAGGAAACGCUUUUCAUUAGCCGCACAUUGAGAUCGCCAACCAAGAUGCGCUCCCUUUGGCUGCUGCUCGGCUUGGGCCUGCUGGCUCUGAGCCACGUCCAGGCCUCCACGGAGAUUGACGAUGAGCUGCUGGAUGAGGACCUCGACCUCGAUGAGAACGAGGAGGAGUUCCUGCGCCUGCUGGAGGAGAAGACUAAGAUCAAGGACAUUGAGCGGGAGAACGAGAUUGCCACCAAGUUGGCCGAAGUGCAGCACAAUCUACUCAAUCCCGUCGUUGAAGUCGAUCUGUGCGAGACGAUGAGCUGCGGUGCCGGUCGCAUCUGUCAGAUGCACGACGAGAAGCCCAAGUGCGUGUGCAUCCCGGAGUGUCCCGAGGAGGUGGACACCCGCCGCUUGGUCUGCACCAACACCAACGAGACCUGGCCGUCGGACUGCUCCGUGUAUCAGCAGCGCUGCUGGUGCGACAGUGGUGAGCCCGGUUGCACCAAUCCGGAUAACGCCCACAUGCACAUCGACUACUAUGGCGCCUGCCACGAGCCCAGGUCUUGCGAGGGCGAGGACCUGAAGGACUUCCCCAGGCGCAUGCGCGACUGGCUGUUCAACGUGAUGCGCGACCUCGCCGAGCGCGAUGAGCUGACCGAGCACUACAUGCAGAUGGAGCUGGAGGCUGAGACCAAUAAUUCGCGUCGCUGGUCGAACGCUGCCGUUUGGAAGUGGUGCGACUUGGACGGCGACACCGAUCGCUCAGUCUCCCGCCACGAGCUGUUCCCCAUCCGUGCUCCUCUGGUCAGCCUCGAGCACUGCAUCGCACCUUUCCUCGAGUCCUGUGACUCCAACAAGGACCAUCGCAUCACCCUGGUGGAGUGGGGCGCCUGCCUGGAGCUGGAUCCCGAGGACCUCAAGGAGCGCUGCGACGAUGUCCAGCGGGCUCAGCCCCAUCUCCUGGGUUAGGGCCAAGGUCCAUCCAUCACAUUUGUAGAAUGCUGCAAUAGGUAGUUGCUGCUUGCUUCCUUAAUCCAAAAAUGUCUACUUUAGCAAGUUUUUUGUGUAAAUGCUCGCUGUUUAAUUAAAUAUAUGAUAACUUCUUUGAAA